UCGUUCACAACUUGCCCGCAUGUGUUUGUAGGUCUGCGGCUCAGAUUUUUCUGUCUGACGAGGUUAAAAGUCGCUGAGGUGUUUAUUAUUGGAUAGUUACUGAAGCGGCAGCGGGCUCGUCGGGUCGAUGGCGGAGAUCGUUCAGCAGCGGAUCGAGGACCGGAUCCCGGAGCUCGAGCAGCUGGAGCGAGUGGGACUGUUCACCCAGAAAGAAGUCAAAUCCAUAAUCAAGCGAGCCACUGCUCUGGAGUACAAGCUCCACAGGCUGAUUGUGAACAAAGACGACUUCAUUGCAUACAUCCAGUAUGAAAUCAACAUUUUGGAGCUGAUAAAGAAGAGAAGAGCGCACAUACACUACAAGUUCAAACGGGAGGAGAUCGAGUUUCCGAUAAUCGAAAGGAUAAACAGCAUCUUCCGAAGAGCGACCAAGAAGUGGAAGGAUGAUGCGCAGCUUUGGCUCUCACAUGUGGCUUUUUGCAAGAGAUGGGGCACCAAAGCUCAGAUCAGCAAAGUGUUCUCCGCCAUGCUCGCCAUUCAUCCCGACAAACCAGCUUUUUGGAUCAUGGCCGCCAAGUCUGAGCUGGAAGAUAGAAAUUCUUCUGAGAGUGCCAGACACCUGUUUCUGAGAGCGCUGCGUUUCCACCCAGACAACAAGAAAGUCUACCAGGAGUAUUUCCGUAUGGAGCUGCUGCACAGCGAGAAACUGAGGCUGCAGAAAGCCGAGCUGGACAAAGCGCAGGUGGACCUGGGCGAAUACGAGUUCUCCACCGAGAUCCUGAACGGCAAACUGGCCGAGGUCGUGUACAGAGACGCUACAGGGAAAAUCAAAGAGGCAGAGUUUGUCAUCGCUCUUCUGAACGUAGCAGCCAUCUUUGAUUUCACCAAAGAGCUCCAGGACAUGAUUCUGCAAGACCUGCUGGCGAACUACACGAGCGACAGCGUGACCUGGGACUUCAUGGCCAGGAGGGAGCUGGACGCUCCCACGGCGGGGGAGGAGCUUCACACUGCCAGAGGCCGCGCCUCGGACGUCAACCGCAGAGAGGAGCGGUGCUGCCAGGUGUACGAGGAAGGAGUCAAGAGCCUCGACACAGAGCCGAUGUGGAGCCGCUACGUCGCUUUCUGUUUGGAGAGAGUGAAGAGGAAGACCAACGUUGAAGAGCUGCAGGACAAAAGGCAGCAGAGGCUGCUGGGAGUGCUGCGGCGCGCGCAUGACUCCUCGCUGCUGAAGGAGAAUUAUUACAAGGACUGGCUGCAGAUCCUGCUCUCGCUGGGCGAUGCUGAGGGAGCAGCCGGCGUUGCCAUGGCAGCCACGCAGCGCUUCAGCCAAUCGCUGCCGCUGUGGAGCCUGAGUCUGCAGACGCUCGUGCAGCUGGGGAGCGGCGACGUCGGCCGGCUUUUCCAGGACGCGUUCACACACGUUAAUCCCAAGGAGAGUCUGCCUCUGUGGCAGCUGCAGCUGCAGUGGAGCGCGGACAACCAGAGUCCCGAGGAGACGGAGGCCGUCUUCCAGAGAGGUCUGCUGUCUGCAGUGGCGGCUGUUGCCAUGGAGAUAAAAGAGCGCUACCUCGAUUGGUCCUACUCCACCGGAGGGUACAAGAAAGCCAGAAAGAUCUUCACAAGCUUACAGGAGAACCGGCCCUUGUCCAAGGCCUUUUUCACAAAAAUGAUCGAAAUCGAGAAAGAACAGGAGACGCCGAAGAUGAACAAUCUGAGAGACUACUAUGAGAGGGCGCUGCAGGAGUUCGGCACCUCGGACGAGGAUCUGUGGCUGCAGUACAUCCAGGAGGAGCUGGGCCCGCUGGGCCAGCCGCAGCACUGCGCCAAGAUCCACUGGAGGGCCAUGAAGUUUCUGGAAGGGGAGAGCGUGGAGAGAUUCACCUCCAAGUACACUCUGAUCCAGACCGGACACUCGUGAGAGACGAGCGCCGACCAACAAGGCCCGUCGUUUCAGAAGCGGGACGUGGUUCGUGGGGAAAACCUGUUUUCAUGAACUGCCGUUCUGAUUCCUCAAAUCCAGUUCCUGCUGCGUUCCUGUCACUUUUCACUGAGCCGGCGGUGGAAUGUUUCUCAGGUUUGGGUUUUGUAGUCAAACGAAGGUGAUAACCAGACUGAUGUUCAAACAUAUGUAACCAUUUUAGGUCCUGUUAAAUAAAGUUGAA